AUGAAGCAUAAUAAUCAACUUCCAAAUGUUCAUUUUCACAAGGAUUGGCAGUUAAGAGUUAAAACUUGGUUUGAUCAACCUGGACGUAAGAAAAGAAGAAGAUUAAAUCGUAUUCGUAAAGCUACUAAUAUUGCACCAAGACCAAUUCAACUUUUAAGACCAGCUGUUAGAUGUCCUACAGUUAGAUAUAAUACAAAAUUGAGAGCUGGUCGUGGAUUCACUCUUGAUGAACUUAAAGAAGCAGGGAUCCGUCGUAAGGAAGCUCUUACUCUUGGAGUUCCUGUAGAUCACAGACGUAAAAAUCGAUCAGUUGAAUCCCUUGCACUCAAUGUUCAACGUUUGAAGACAUAUAAAACACGUCCUAUUACAGAAGAAGAGAAAAAAUCCAGUGCAUAUGCUACUUUACGUAAAUUGAGAUCCGAUGCACGUCUUGUUGGUAUACGUGAAGCUCGUCAGGUCAAACGACUUGCUGAGGAUUAUUUAAAUGAUUUUAUUCAAGUUAACAUAGGUUCAUUAGAUUUAUCCGCAAGUCACAACAUUACACAAACGGUUGAAGUCUGUUCUGAAUAUGAGAAACGUACAAAAUUGGUUAGGCACCUUGAACGUAUUAUAGAUCAAAAAGAGAACAAAACAUUAAUCUUUACUGCUACUAAACGUACAGCAGAUGAAAUAACAAAAUUUUUGCGACAAGAUGGUUGGCCAGCUCUUGCAAUUCACGGUGAUAAGGCACAAGUUGAACGUGAUUGGGUGCUGAGUGAGUUUCGUACUGGAAGAUCCCCUAUAAUGGUUGCUACAGAUGUUGCAUCUAGAGGAAUCGGUAUAGUGAUUUUUAAAAAUUAUUUACGUCUUUUGUUUUCAUAA